CCGAGAGCUCCGACAGAAUCAGAAAGAGGAAAAAAAUGUUUCGUCGAUUUCUUCCCGGGAGUAAAGUGCGAGCGGAAUUGACACAAUUUAGAAAUGUGUCGAAGCCCUCGACGAAGAUGAAGGAGAGCCCUGGGGAGAGAAUGCAGGCCUGGCAGAUUCACUCUUACGGGGAUACGAAGGAGCUGAAGCUGUCAAGUGUCCGGAUGCCGGUCAUCUCGAGGCCCACUGACGUCCUCGUCCAGGUUGAAGCUGCCAGUGUCAAUCCCAUCGACGUUGCAAUGCUCCAUGGUUAUGGAGCAAAAGUAUUGAACCUAAUGAGAACAGCAAGGCGCAUGAAAACCGACAUUGAGUUCCCCCUGACGAUGGGACGAGAUUUCUCCGGAGUUGUCGUUGGAAAAGGACAUGGAAUUCACGAUGAUUCUCUCAAACUGGGGGAUGAAGUGUGGGGGGUGGUGCCUGUGGAGCGUCAGGGGUGUCAUUCAACACAUGUGAUCAUCAGCAAUGACUUGGUACGCCUGAGGCCAAAAAAAUUAUCCUACAUCGAAGCAGCGAGUAUUUUAUACGCGGGCUUGACCGCCUGGUCUGCAUUAUGGAUCACUGGAGGGUUGUGCUACAAGACUUCUCUCCCAACGAUCUUGAACAAGAGAAUAUUGAUCCUGGGGGGUUCUGGGGGAGUUGGAACUCUCGCGAUUCAACUGGCGAAGGCUUGGCACAUGCAGGUCGUCACCACCUGCAGCAGUGACGCUGUCAAUGUGCUAGAGAAUUUGGGGGCUGAUAUUGUUGUUGAUUACAAGGCUGAGGAUUCUGAUGAAUUGAUCAAGAGCGAAGGACCAUAUGAAAUCAUCCUGGACUGCGCCAACCAGGGCCCAGACCUCGUAAAACAAAAGGGAUACGACUGUGGCACCUACAUAACCCUGAACUCCCCUCUCCUGAGGAACAUCGACGAGCUGGGCUACGUCGGAGGAGCCCUCAAGAACCUCACUGACCUUCUGAAAUACAACAUCCCCCUCAAAGAUAACAAGAGCUUCGUGAAGUGGGGAUUUUUCGCUCCCUCCUCAGCAGGAAUGAGAACUCUCCAGGAACUCGUGGAGGAUGGAAAGAUCACUCCAGUUGUGAAGAAGGUUUAUCCCUUUGAGGACCUACCCAGGGCUUAUGAGAGGACCCUACAGGGUCAUCUCAGAGGAAAACUAGUCAUUGACAUGAAGAAUAAAAGUGAAUAGAGAGCUGUAAUCAAGUGAUAAAAGUCGAAGGAAUUUAAUCGGAUUAUUUCAUCGGUAAAUAUCGCUGAAGCUGAAGGGUUUAGAGGAAAAAGUCAGAAGAAUUUCUUUUCGGAAAUUUAAUUCUUCACAAAAAAUGGCUUAUGACUUUUUCUCACAACUCCCCUGGGUUCGAAAGUAUUUUCAAAAUAAUCUGUGUGUUUUUUCAAAAAUUCAACAAUGUCCAGAAAUUUCGUGCAGACUAUUUCGUGAAUAUCUCCUAAACCAUUGGAUUGAUCAAAAAAUGUCGCAGAAACUUUUUUGUAGCUCACAAAAUUCACUACAAAAUUGCUUUCUGAAAUUUUUCUCCAGACCCCCUCGCUCCAAAGAUAUUCACGAAAUGAUCCUUCAUCAUUUUAUUCUCCUUCACCACUUCACAUUCAACAAUUCAUAAAUUAUUUUCUUAAUAAAUUAUCUAAAUUAAACGGA